AACCACAAUAUGUGGCAGGUGAGAAUGAUCUUAUCUUAUAUGUGAAGGAUUCUGAGAAUCCAAACAUAUCUGGCAAAUGUAAAGUACUAUCAAACCCUAACAACCAAAUAUACUUCAAUUUUCUUUGUAUAGUAUCUUUGUCAACCCCACAAAGAUAGUAUAGGCUCUCAUUAAUCCUCUAUAGCCAAAUAAUUAAAAGUUGAGUUGGUAUUCUUUUAGUUUUGAUCUACAAAUUAUUUUCUUCCACCAUGAAAUACCACUUUAGAAAUUAGAAGAUCAUCAUAAAUUUGCAUGAUCCUUGUGAUUCAAAUGGUGAAGGGAAAGUAGAAUUUUUAUUAUUUUGGUGACAAAUAUUAUAGGAUAUUGUUAUGAUGGAAGAAAACAAGAAGUGGAUGCAUAAAGAGACAGAAAGACAAAGAAGGCAAGAGAUGAGCAACCUAUGCACCAACCUCAGAUCCCUUCUUCCUAUUGAAUAUAUUAAGGGAAAACGUUCAAUUUCUGAUCAUGUGAAUGAAGCAAUGCAUUAUAUAAACCACUUACAAAACAAGGUGAAGCAAUUACAAGAUAAGAAGGAAGAGUUAAUGAAGGUAUCUAAUUUGAGUAGAAAUGUCACUACUCAAAAUGGUUCUAGUAGUUCAAAUAUACAACCCUUUGUUAUUGUUCAACCUUUUCCUGGAGGACUUGAGAUUGUGUGCAGUUACAGCUUCAACAAGUGUUUGUUUCCUUUAUCAAGAGUUUUAAGCAUGCUGCUUAAAGAAGGGCUUAAUUUGAUAAGUUGUACUUCCAACAUGAUAGAAGGCAGAUUCAUAUACACUAUAAGAUCCGAGGAACCGAUAAUGCCUGGAAUUGAUUAUUCUGAACUGCAAAGAAAGCUCACCGAAGCAAUAUCAUGCUCAAGUUUGCAAGAGAAUUCAUUUGAACCUGAAAUUGACAAUAUCUUGAGAUAAAUGUAUUAUUUGUGCAGUCGUUUUUUUUAGAAGAGGCUAAAUUAAUCCACUUAAAUUGACGCCGACGAGAAUCGAACGAGACUUUAAGAAGAUCACACUUUCAGGUCUCAAGUCAAUAUCAUCAUACCAAUCCAAGUGGAUUAUGUGUGCAGUCUUAAUCUAAAGUUCAGCUUUUUGAAGAUUCAAAUUCAUAGUGGAAUGCAUGCAAUACUCCAUGAGCUAGCUCAUUGAUCUCUUUUUUGUUCUAGUUAGAAACAAUCGUCAUGCAAAAAUUUCAUGUUGAUGUUCUAUGUAGAGAAUACACGUAUUUUCUUCAAUCUUGAAUUAAUUUUCGAUUGUAUUAUAUUGAAUUACAUAACCACGAGUUUGCGUACAAGUUGUUAACGUGGAAAUAGAAGUGAGGUUUUGUAAGCGGUACAAUUGAUGCUGGGAAAGAUCGAUAACUCUCCAUUGGUGUAAGACUUAUAAUGGCAGUAACGUCGAAUAUCUAGUCUUGGAAGUAUGUAUCUCUUGGUUUGUCAAAGGACAACCUACAUUGUCUCGAUCCAGUGCUAAAGUUGAAUACAGUGGAGUCGCUAAUGUAGCAUUGUGUCAUGUUGGGUUAGGAAUUUUUUUUCGGAUCUACAAUGUCAUGUCCCAAAGACCACGUUAGUCUAUUGUGAUAAUGCAAGAGUUGUGUAUCUCUCUUGUCAUCAAUCUCAUUUAACAUCAACGCACAAAGCACACUAAGAUGGAUAUUCAUUUUGUGUGUGAUAAAGUUACUCGUUGUCAAGUUCGUAUGUUAUAUGUUCCUUCCCGAUACCAAAUAGCCGACAUCUUCACUAAGGGUCUUCCACAACAACUCUUUAAUGACUUUCGACAUAGUCUCAACAUCUGUAAACCUUCAGUUUCGAUUACAAGGGUGUAUUAUAAUAUGUAAAUAUCCUUCAUAUAUUUAGUAUUUAAUUUAUUUUUUA